AUGUACGCCGCUCAGAAUAUAACGCCAACAGUUUUGGAUGCUAUGAAUGGAAAUGUUUCCGAAUGGUAUAACGAAUGCGACAAUGCCAUUAGAAGGUCAGAAAUAGUUCCUGGAACUUACGAAUAUACAACUGCUGUUUCUUAUGGAAACGUAGGUGAGUUUGGAGAAGGUUCUUCAACAACAGUAGAUAUUGCUUGCGACAGGUUUCAUAUAAUUUCUAUUGACAACUCUUUCUUAUACGUGGAACAAGACAUUGAAAUAAAACCUUCUGCCAAGUUGUCUGACAAGAAAGGUUGCAAUGGAAUUUUCUAUGUCGGAUACCAAUAUGCUCCAGAAGUUUUCAUGGGAUAUAAGAUAUAUUCUAACUCUGACUUAGUUCAAACAGUAACAUGGGCAAACUAUGAAUGGUUCGCUUUGAGAAACUCAGUACAACCACAAGCUAGAGAACAAACAGACCAGUAUGCAACUAUUGAGAAAAUAAGAAGACUUGACCCUAACGUUCCAGGAGUUUAUGUUGACCUUUCUGGACAAACUGCAGCAGCAGUAACCAAAGUAAAAUUGAAACUUAGAGUUCCUUUGUCAUCUUUCCUCAUCUUCAGGUUUUUAAGAUACUUGCCAAACUGGGCAGGAAAAAUUUCUAUCGAACUUACUCCAAGCAAAAAUAACUUAGUCAUUGCACCAACACAAGACCCAUUCACUCUUACUGUAGCUGGAACUGGUGGAGCCAAGUUCUGUGACUUUUGCAAAGACAAAGUUGA